AUUGAACGUGACUUUCUUCUUGGGGAACGUCCAUAUAGACACAUUGACCCUCAAUUUGGAGUUUUUGAAUUUACUUUAAAUGAUCAACUUAGGAAGAAGUGGAAGGCAGCGAUAGCUAGUUCAAUUCCACUGUUUUUGGAUAGAUUAGUCAGCAAAUUAGUUUAUGUGAGGACAACAGGUUUAAAUUGCUUAUAAAAUAAAUAGUCUUACAUAAUGGAAAGGCUUAAAAAUAUUUUGUUUUGUGUAGAAGUGGUUAGUUUUAUUAGUCCUGGUCAGUAUUAAUUCAGUGGUGUUCUUGUAUUUAUGUUGGUUUAUGUUGGUGUUGGUCUAUAUUGUAUAUUUCUGCAGAAGUCAACAAUUCUUUCACUGGAACUUAACUAAAUAAGUACCAAUAAGUAAUAAAUUAAUGUUUGUCAAGGUAGACCCUAGUUUUUUACAACUGUAAAUUCUUAUCUCGAUUGACCCAAAAAUUUUUAUUUUUCUAUUUAGGUGGCAAAAAUUCCCGUUGCUAUAUUGUAAAAUUGCCAGCCUUUCCAAAAAAUUUUAGACAAAUGAUUAUUGCUCGAUGUUGGCUGGAAAAAUUAUUUAAAUGUGUUUAUGGAUGUGCCUAUUUUGAUAGAAAUAUAUUUAAUCCAGAAAUGAUCGAUAUAUUAUUCGAUAACGACAAAACAAUUCCUCUUAAAUUUCAACUUCAACAAGCAAAUUUAUAUGCUAACAAUGAAAUAUUUGAAAAUGUUUUGAUAUUUUCUUUAAAUAAUUUAUCAGUCUCUGAAUCCCUCAAUAUCGACUUUAAAGAUGUUAACAUUACAGGGGAACGUACAAAUAUUUUAUUAAAUAUUUUAAUAAAGGGAGGAAAUAAAUUCCCAAAAAUUCGUUUUGAAUUCUUCAAAUUAAGAAAGCUUUAUGAUCUUCUUAUAAAAUAUAUAACAUCUAAAGACUGUUCAAAAAUAGUGCCUAAUAUUUGUUUGGGUUAUACUAGACCAAGAAAUCUUAAAUUAGGUGAAAUAGCAAAAGAAGUUAAAAAAUCAAAUGAUCUAAAAUCUACCAGUUAUCUAAUUUCCAACAUUUACAAUCCAAAAACGAAAUUUUAUUUGUAUUUUGAAGAAAAGAAAAAAGUUGGAGAUAUUCAUACUUUAAGAAUAAUAAAAGAAUAA